UUGGGCCGGUUGGCGGCGGCGGGCAAACGCCUCUGCUACGUGACCAACAACAGCAGCCGGACGCGCGCGGCCUACACCGAGAAACUGCGGCGGCUGGGCUUCCCCCCCGCCGAGCCCCGGCACGUCUUCGGCUCGGCCUACUGCGCCGCCCGCUACCUCCGCCAGGCCCUGCCGCUCGGCGCCGCCGCCUACGUGCUGGGCAGCCCCGCGUUGGCCGCCGAGCUGGAGGCCGUCGGUGUCCCGCACCUGGGGCCCGGCCCCGCCGCCCUGCCCGGUCCCGCGCCCGCCGACUGGGCCCAGGCGCCGCUCGAUCCCGCCGUCCGCGCCGUCCUGGUGGGUUUCGACGAGCACUUCAGCUACGCCAAGCUCUGCCAGGCCCUGCGAUACCUCCUGCGGGGCGGCCCCGACUGCCUCCUCGUCGGCACCAACCGCGACCACCGCCUCCCGCUCGAGGGCGGCACCGCCAUCCCCGGGACUGGCUGCCUGGUAAAAGCAGUGGAGACGGCAGCCCAGCGCGAGGCGUUCAUUGUAGGAAAGCCCAACCGGUACAUGUUUGAUUGCGUGGCAAGCGAGUUCGACAUCGAUCCCGCUCGUACCAUCAUGGUGGGAGAUCGGCUGGACACAGACAUCCUCAUGGGCAACAGCUGCGGGCUCACCACCCUGCUGACGCUUACCGGGGUCACCACGCUGGACGAAGUGAAGGGCCACCAGCAGAGCGACUGUCCUGCCAGGCAGAGCCUGGUUCCCGAUUACUAUGUCGAUAGCAUAGCCGACCUUCUCCCAGCACUGGGGGAUUAAUAGAGCAAAAUGCUUGCAGCCUCUGCAGCACUACCCCAAGGAGGGCCCCUGUUAAUCACCCUGUGGCAGUAACGUACUUGCUAGGAUACCACCCAGAGUUAGUAACCCUUAGCUUUUUAACCUUCCUGUCCUCUCGAUACGAUGUUGUUUACAUCUCAGUCUUUAAAUGCACUUUGAAACAAAGAGGGCAUUAUGGUGUCACCCAAGCCUUGGUGGCUUGGGUUUUGGGUUUUUUUAAAUUAUAAGCAACACAUCUAUCCAAAUGUUUGUGAUACUCGAUGUCACGUUGUCCUCUAGACUGAGUUGAGGAAAGUAGAGCUGGUUGAUCUGAGGAAAAGAACCCAAUGUCUUGCGGUGUGUCCUCACCUGGACAGGCUGUGGCUCAGUCUGGUUUAUUCAGGGAAAUGACUCUUGGAGUGUGUAGUAACUUAGCAGCUGUGUUUGGAAAUGCUUGCGGUGGCUGGCAGAAUUAGUGUUUGGCUUUAGACUGAUUUCCCCUCCCUCCCCCCGCCUUUUUUUUUCCGGAUGGGGUCCUGUUUAGUAGUACAGCCCACUGCAAGCGCAACAUCCAGUCGCAGAAGCUGAAAUCUGUCUCCUUUAUUUGACCAUUGCAAAUUGCACUUGUGAUGCGGAUUAGGAUGAUUCCACUCACAAAAUAGAAACAGUGUCUUCUGUAUACUGUAUUUGUCCAAGCAUUGGAUGUAUGUGUAAAGUACAUGUACAUACAAGAACUACCCUGAUCCUAAAUAUAUAUCAGAAUAUAUUUAAAUUAUAAAUUUAAGUAUAGUAUAUGGUAAUAUAUCUUGUUUCCCAGAAGGGAGGAUAAGAGGAAUGUACUUCACUGAUCACAGUAGAUUUAAUUCUCCUAAGCUUUUGCAUUUGAUAAUGCAGAAAGUCUGUAUCCACAUAGGACUGUCCUUCACUACUGCUGCUUCCCAGAAAUAACUGGAUCGAUUAGUACCAAGUUAGUUCUUGUGCUUCCCUCAGCAUCAAAAUAGCCGCUCACUUUGGCUUUAGCUGCAGAAUCUGAAUUGACGCUCAGUCCGCAGGGGAUGGAUGCAGUACACAGUACGGCUUUCCACCGAAAUAAUCCUGUGAGAGUACUGGCUGUGUGUGAUGAUGGCACGUGCUUCCUUUAAAUAGCUGGGGUUAAUAAUAUCUUCCACGUGUGUCUGGUAAGGGGGCCUGGCACCAGUUGCUUGUCUGAAGAGGAGUGCUUGCUUGCUCAGGUGAUGAUUUCAUUGUGAUCUUGAGGCGGGUUUGGGUGAUGCACAGCUCAGGCUACGGGGUAGGUUUUUAUGCUGGCUAAAUUGAAGGCCACAGUUGAAAGCUUUUGUGUUACAGAAUUAAGUGAAAAAUUAUAUAUGCAAAUAACAUGCUUUUAUUCCAUAGAUUCCACUAUCGGUAGUUAAAUUUGAACACUGGCCUUCCUUCAUCUCCCACUGUUCAGCUGGAUAGCUCUAGCAGUGUGUCGACGCCAUUUCCUUCCACUCAGGCACUUGAAACGAGUAGACUUGCCACAUUGUCUGUACAGCAAUAACCAUGCAGUUCAUACUGUCUUUUGGUGUUACCAGAUUAGCUGCUCUUGUAAACGGGUGUUCGUUUGUAACUCAGAGUUGUGUAAGGAAGCGCGGAUAAUCUCUUCCCUGUUCCUGUCUCCAGCUGGAGGGCUGUGACUGUGUGGAGUCACAGAGAAAUACUUACAGAUAGAACUUCCACUUUAUCUGGGUAACGUGGAAAUGGACAUUAUGGAUUUACUGCAGGUAGGGUCUGACUUAGCGAUGUGUUCUUUGAUUCAGUUCCUGUAUCUGGUGCUUAUAAUUUCAGAAUAUGUCAAGUCAAGUAGUAAACGCCAGGAGAGGUGUUUAGCCUUGUUCAAGCAUCGCACUGUCCCUGCCAAGUACUCUGCACUGUACAAGGGAACCAUUACCUCGAUUCACGUAUGCUGAGAUGUACUGGCGAAGGUGUCAAUCGUGCUUCAAAACUCUGUAUCAACUUCCAAACGGUUUUUAAGCCUCUACUUGAAUUCACAUUAAACUUACAAACCUGC